AUGGCGUACGCAUAUGAGGUUGAAGUCGACGGGGCGCAGAGGUGGACUAAUCAUCUACCAUGGAGUUAUGUUGAAGGUGGAGAUGGAUUGAGGGGCUACGGCAUAAACGGUCAAGAAAGAAGCAGUGAUGUUGAGUUCAGUAACCUCAGCAUUCUAGCAACCACAAGUGGCUCCGUCCAAGUCGAGGGGCUCACCGAUGUCACAGUACCGGACCUCAAGAAAGCCAACCAGUGGUACUCCAGAGAACGGCGAUCCCGAUCGACAUCCUGGACAAACGUCAACAAUGUUUCAAGCCGAUCACACUGUUUGACAAGAAUUACCAUAAGGAGAUGUGGAGGUGUGACUGGACAAGUCAGCAAGCUGUGGCUCGUGGAUCUUGGUGGCAGCGAGCGGUUGCUCAAGACUGGUGCAUCUGGAUUGAUAAUGGAUGAGGGUAAGGCCAUAAACCUGUCUCUGUCAGCCCUUGGAGAUGUCAUCGCUGCACUAAGGAGAAAGAGAAGCCAUGUUCCAUACAGAAAUAGCAAGCUUACCCAGAUUCUCAGUGAUUCUCUCGGUGAUGGCUCAAAAGUUGUGAUGGUAGUGCACAUCAGCCCUUCCAAGGACGACGUGGGUGAGACAAUUUGUUCGCUGGGCUUUGCGAAAAGAGCCAGGCUGAUAGAAUCCAGCAGAGAGCUUUCAGAGGACUUGAAAAUGUUAAAGCGGAAGCGGCUCGCGGAGCUUGACAAGGAAAUAUGUGACGCCGAGCAAGAGCUCGGCCGCCGGCUCACACUCGGGGUUCUGAAUGCACAAAUAAGGAGUGCUGAGAGGUCUGUGGAGGAGAGGAAGAAGCUUUGUCCCUCCGUCUGUCAGGCUCUCAGCGACGAGAAGGGGUCGCCCAGAAGCAUUCUGGUGGCAGGACACAUUGAUGCCGCAGACAGCCCUCAGGCAACCGAGAGGGCCAAGAGCAGGAUGGUCCAUCAUGGAUCAGUCCCUCACUUCAUGUCCGCAACAGUGUGCAGCCGUCAAAGACACGGCGCGGCAAGCCAUUCCGUCAGUAAACCGAGGCUGACAAAAUCAGUGAACACGUACUCAUCUAAGCCAAGUGGGAGCCAGUCGGUCAGCCACUCCGCAUCCAAGGCUAGGUCAGUGGCAUUCUCAUCCGGUGAGCCUAGGCUGAAAUACUUGUCUGUCAAAUCUGAUCAGAUCAACGUAAACAGUAACAGCAUCGAUUCGACGGUAGCGUCGACGCCUCGGCCUCGGCCAAGGGAGAGUCUUGUUUCCAGGCCGGUACAGAGAGCUCCCCUGCAUCAGCACAGGAGAAGGAUGUCAUGCUUAACCUGA